AUGGCGAUCAGCACUACUCCACAGCACCGCUCGCUUCUUUACUUCGACAAGAACAUGGUCAUAGCCUUGUCGGCUUUCCUCUGUUUUGUGAUCUUUGCAGUCGCAUUGAACUCGAUUCUGCGCUGCGCUCUAAGAUUGAGUCGGAGAUUUUCCUCCGCAGAUGAUCAUCAGCAGAUAUUCGUCAUACGGCCUGCUGACAAUGUUAUUAUGUUCAGAAGCCCGCGGCUAAUUGAGCAUGGGAAGAAUAUUGAUAGCUGUAGUAUAAAUAGUAGAGUGGCGAGUCAGAUUCCGGAGAUGUUGUACGGAUCGUUAGAGGAGGGAAUGAGGAUUCCGGUGACGGAAUGCCCGAUUUGUCUGGCGGAAUUCGAAGGAGGAGAGAGGGUGAGGAUUCUUCCUGGAUGCAAUCAUGGGUUUCAUGUGGAGUGUAUCGACGCUUGGUACGGAAUGGGGACGUCCCACUUGUCUUGUCCCAUUUGCCGGCGAUGCUUAGCACGUUCUUAG